GGAUCGGAGGAGGCGGCUCGGGAUCUGAUGGCGGCGGAUCCCAUCCGGUUAAACUGGAGGCAGGUGACCUCGGCCAGCGGUCCGGUCCCUCAUUCCCGGCACGGGCAUCGCGCUGUGGCCAUCCGGGAGCUGAUGAUCAUCUUUGGGGGCGGAAACGAGGGGUAUAGCGGAGGAGCUGCACGUCUAUAACACGGUUACAAAUCAGUGGUUCCUUCCAGCAGUAAGGGGAGAUAUAUUCCUCCAGGUUGUGCCGCUCAUGGAUUUGUCUGUGAUGGGACAAGGAUCCUGGUUUUUGGAGGGAUGGUGGAAUAUGGAAGAUACAGCAACGAUCUAUUUGAAUUGCAGGCAAGUCGCUGGCUGUGGAGGAAAUUAAAGCCUCAAACUGCAUCUAAUGGAUCCCUGCCUUGUCCUCGACUGGGGCACAGCUUUUCUCUCCAUGGUAAUAAAUGUUAUUUGUUUGGUGGCCUGGCAAACGAGAGUGAAGACACCAAUAACAAUAUUCCCAGGUACCUAAAUGAUUUUUAUGAACUUGAGCUACGUUCAGGAAGUGGAGUGUUUGGUUGGAAUAUUACACAGACCAAAGGAACUUCUCCAUGUCCACGAGAGUCCCACUCAGCUGUCAUAUACAGCAGAAAGGAUAAUCGGAAACCUAAGCUUUAUAUCUUUGGAGGAAUGUCUGGAUGUCGUCUUGGCGACCUGUGGGAGCUUGAUAUUGAAACUAUGACCUGGAGUAGUCCAGAAGCUAAAGGGGUAUCGCCUUUACCUAGAAGCCUGCACACAGCUAAUAUGAUAGGGAAUAGAAUGUAUAUAUUUGGUGGCUGGGUUCCACAAACUGAAAAUGGUGACAGCUCAGCAGCUGAAGAGAAUCAUUGGAAGUGCACUAACUCUUUUUCCUACUUAGAUCUGGACUCCAUGGAGUGGGGCGUGUUAAUGGCAGACAGCUCAGAAGAGAAAGUUAACUGGCCAAGACCCAGAGCAGGACACUGUGCAGUCACAGUUGGAAAACGCCUGUAUAUUUGGAGUGGAAGGGAUGGUUACAAAAAGGCAUGGAAUUACCAAGUGUGUUGCAAAGACCUUUGGUACAUUGACACAGAGAAGCCAUCAGCAUCCUCACAAGUUCAGCUAAUACUGGCUACCACAAACUCGUUUCAUGUAAAAUGGGAUGAACUGCCAACUGUUGAAAGGUAUCUUCUACAGCUAAGCCCUGAAUUGCCAGUGUCUCCGUGUGCUGGAAAAGCUGCUCACCUCAGUGAACUUUUCUACACAGAGUUCUUGCAUUUCUCCAUACGCAGCUCCAUUACACUUACUUCAGAGUGGACUUUCAUGCUCACAAAAUGUGGAAGAAAGUAA